GAUCAAAUACCCACCAGACUCACAUCCAUCACCUACCAAAGCCUAGAUAUCCGAUGUCUGAAACCGAACAUAUCCAACAGACGUUAGAAAACGAUACACACGCGGAAAAGCCGCACUUGGACGAAGACGAGGAAGAUGUUUCCGGAACCAUCUCGCUUCCGGUGUCUCGUAUCAAGAAGAUCCUCAAGUGCGAUCCGAUGUACGUGUCUUCCUCCAAUACCGCUGUCUUUUCCACCGCGGUCGCGACCGAACUCUUCAUACAGUAUUUCACCGAGCAAGCGUCGUUGAUUGCGCGCGCGGAUAAGCGCAAGAAGGUCCAGUACAAGGACUUCGCCACUGCGGUCCAGUCCAUUGAGCAGUUGCACUUUUUGUCAGACACAGUUCCGAAGACUGCGCCCUUAAGUCUGUUGAUCGCGGAACACAGGGUGAGCUUGCCGAAGGGUACCGUCAGCGAGGGCGUGCCGGAGGAGGUCGAAGAAGAGGAAGAGGAGUACAACGAAGAGGAAGAAGCGCCGGAAGUGGAAGAAAAACCGGUUCUGGCUAAGAAAGUGUAUUCUUUACCCAAGGGACAACAGACAUUGUCGUUUUUCACGCAUCCAGCCGAGCCACUUAAAGAAGAGCCAGUCCAGACAAACGAGGAACCAGCCCAUGCUAAUGGCGAAUCGGUUAUAGAGGUAAUCGAGGUCGAGUCGGAGCCUGUGGCUGAUGAAGAUGUUGUCAUGGAGUAACCAGUAAUGAUGCUACUAAAGAAAUCUAAAGGUAUUAGGACAUACGCAGAAUGAAUCCACUUUUGCACUCUGUUGCUGUACUAUAUAAAACAUAUAUCUGAUAUCUAAUGACAGAGGAAAUAAGUAAAAUCA